AAUGAACAGCCACUAAUAUUGCGAGGAGCAUUCAUCAGCAGCAGCGGCAAGACGUACUAGCAGCAUAGAGAGACCAGUAGGAGAGGUAAACACACCAAAUCGCGACCCAGGUCGCCGACAGAGCCUUAGCUGCUUGCGCUUCCUGACACCCCUGCCUCCGCCGCUCGCCUUGCCGACAGACCCAUCAUGAGCUCCGUUGAGCCGGUCCACAGGGGCACCCUCGUCUGUGUCGUCCUCAAGGCGAAAAACCUGCCUAACAAGCGGUCGAUUGGCAAGCAGGACCCCUACUGCACCCUGCAGAUGGGAACCAACCAGCAGAAGACUAAGCCAGACAAGCGAGGGGGUCAACACCCGACAUGGGACGAGCAGCUCCACUUUGAGAUCUAUGACGAUAUGGAAGACCAGAUGAAGGCAAAGAAGGAGAAAGAGGAGGGGUCAGACAGUGCUCCCAGUAGCAUCUCAAAGGCGAAGCCGGCAUCGUCGUCCAAGACAAAGGGCGCCAAGGUCCUCCGGGUCACCUGCUACGCUGACGACAACAAAGAGCCCGAGUUCAUCGGUGAAGGUUUCGUGGACCUCGCCGAGACGCUCAAGACGGGCGAAUUUGAUGAAUGGGUGACCAUCAAGGCCAAGGACCGUUAUGCGGGCGAGGUGUACCUGGAGCUGACGUUCUACUCUUCGGCCGCGCCGCCCAAGAAGAAGAAAGCAGUCAAGCCCGUCGUCUCUGGUAACACGACGUACGGGGGUGCCGGCACCUUUUCAGAGGACAUUGACGAUUUCGAUUUUGCGCCCCACCCUCCCGUCAAGCAGCCGGCCCACGCUCCCAUUCCCUCAUCGAUGAGGCCUAGUGCAACGACGUCGAAUCUUUCGGCCGCAUCAGCGACUGGCUCGGCAAGGCGCAUGAAUAAUUCGUCGGGCAUGACAUCGUCCAAAUCGCAUGCGCACCUCGGCUCCUCAGUCGGUGAUGGCAUUCCCUCUUCGCUCCGGCCGAGCAGCUCAUUGGCGCAGAUUGACGCAUACACCCCGCCAUAUGCACCAUCAUCGAUCCAUAGAGCACAUAGUCCAGCUCCGCCUGGCAUCCCCCAGAGCGAGUCGGUCGUUUUCAGCGAGCAGAGGAGGAGGGAAAGCUUCCCACCACCUGGACAGCCUGUCAGUUCACGCCUCUACGGUCACCGUCUGCCAGAUGCUGCUCCUCCGUCGGUCGUUGCCGAGCACGUGAAGCAGAAUUCGUCCCAGUUCUCCCAAUCAUUCUCCCACGCCCAGAUGCCCUCGUCGGCUUCCAAUGCAACGUUGCGGCAAAGCUAUAGUGGGCCGUACUCGCAAGCGGGAGGCGAUGCGGCCGAUGACCUGGUUCGGCCUAUGUCCUCAAUGUCGUUCAACCAACAGUCCGCAGUGGCCGAGCGGCCUCUCCCUCCGCCUACGCCUCAGCCUCCGCUUCCACCGGCACCUCAGCCGCAAUUGGAGCAGACUUACCAGCAGCACUCGUACGGGUACUCCCAGCAGCCUCCACUGGCCCAAGCGGGAGGUGUGGACCAGUUCGGACGGCCGAUUGGUUCUCCAUACCAGCUCGCAGCCACGCCGCAGCCUCAGCAAGCAUACGCCGCCGUCACGCCGCCACCUCAUCCGAAUUCGGCUCCGCCGGCACCUGGACCACCACCGCCACAGAAUGGCCCAGCUCCCUCGUGGCCAAUGCCCUCUCCUGCACCGUAUCCAGGCCAUUCGCCCGCGCCCACGGCAAGCACCCUGACAAUGUCCACCAGCAGCUCACACCUCGGCGGGCCUUAUGCGCCUGCUCCUCCGCAAGUGGCCAGCCACCAAGAGCAGGGUUCGCUAACCUCUCCUGGCGGUUACGGUGGCCCGCCACAGAGACCGCUGACCGCGGGAGGCUACCACGCCCUUCCUCCUCCUCCCACUGGCCAGAGCGCUUCUUCGGCAACAAGCCUGGCAUCGACUGCACCUUACAAUGCUCCGCCACCACAAGCGCAGCAGCAGCAGCAGCAGCAAACCUCACCGCCACGUGCGCCGAGCCGGCCCCUGCCCGCGACAGGUCCGCCUCCGAGCCAAGGCAGCAUUGGUUACAACGGGGCGCCUUCAUCGGGCUACUAUGGGGCGAAUCAAGGUUCUCACUAUGUACCGCCUCCCACCACGUCGCAUUGGGCACCUCCUCAGCCAAGCACCACGCCCCAGCCCCAGCAGCAGCAGCAGCAGCCUUAUCAGACAACGACAACGGCGACUGGCUACCCACCGCCGCCGCCGUCGGCGCUUCACUACAGCCAUGUCCAAGCUGCGCCGCCUCCUCCCCCUUCGGGUCCGCCACAACACUCUCACGCCUACCCACCUCCUCCACCUCAACAUCACUACUCGGACCCCGGGCAGCCCUAUCAUCAGCCUCCUCCUCAGCACACCUACCCUCAACAUCAAUAUGCUCCGCCGACAGGUAAUUACUACUCGCAGAAUCCACCGCCACCACCUCAGCAUCAGCAGCAACCGUACUGAGUCUGUAUCUAUCUUCCUACCUCGCUCGCGGAUCUUGUUAUUUCCCAAGUGCACACAAUCAAUGGACCAUUCUUCAAAG